CACAGUAUUUUUAGCAUUUUAUAUAGUGUUUCUGACUCAAAUUUCUGAAAUUGUUUUUGACUCAGAUAGUAUAUUUUAAAUUCAUUCACAGUAUUUUAUGAAAAUCUCUUUCCAAGACUUUUUAUUUAUUUAAUUAUUGAUUUUAUAGACACUGUAGAUAGGUAGAUCUCAGGAUAGAAUGGAAUGAAGUCCUCCCGGCCCUCACUGAUGAUGUCACAUUCCAUCAGGAAGUAACUGAUGAUGUCACAGUCCUAUGGUACCUCAGCAUUCCGGAGGGUAAACAAAAGCUCACAGAUUCCGUUGAAUUCAGCUAGUAUUCAUUACACUAAGAAGACAGUUUGUGAUAACUUAACCUUGUUCAGAGAAGACAUUUUCAAGACGAAAACCAAGUUUGAGUGAUAUGGCAACAAAGACAACCAACGCCAUGGACCAAACAACCAGUCCACGGGAAGAGGACCCUCCUCCUACUACAGUGGACACAAUCCGCCCCAUUGUGGAUUCUUUCUUCAAAUGGAUUGAACCCAAGCAGUGGGCUCUUUUGCUCUCAGGAAACCCUGAUGACGAAACCAGGUACAUGCUGGCGGAGCUGCUAACCAACAUGAUGGCGCUCAUUGUACAAUCAACGCUGGCGGAAGUCGCAAGGACAGGAGUUAAACCUUGGGAGUACCUGUCGUCUAGUUUGGGGGACGCAUUACCUCGAGCUUUCGCUCAAGCUCUGGACGUUCCAGAUGAGGUCUGCCGUGAGAGCUCGCACCCUUUGACGAGCAUCAUCGUCAAAGAAGCAGCAGCAGCAGCGUGUGUCAGCUCCAUGUACUUCGUUCGCAUGUACCCAGCGAAUCCAUAUAGAAAGUACACCACUGCUCUACUAACAGUGGAUGAAAUGGUUGAUCGCACCAUCAAAAUGCUGCAAGAGUGCACAGAAAAGAAAAGAGUGAUGUCCAAACAUCAACCGCUGCAGCUGAAAUGCAGCCCAGACAUUUCCACACCCAGACACACCCAAGAAGACCGAGAAGAUCUGGAGUCUAUAAAAAGUGAUGUCGCAGAACGUGUGGAAGAGAAACCUGCUCCAGACCGCAACGUGUCUCUAGCAAGCAGGAUAAAGACAUUCUUCAAAAAGACAGUUUCUAAAAUGUCACCUCUGGCACCAACACAGAUGCCUGACGAUACAGAGGUCACAUCUGGUGAAGACACAGCUUCGGUGUCUGCCUUUACAUUUGAGGACAACCCAGAAGAGGACACAAGACCAAAGGAAGAAGUAUUUGUGAGCAGUGUCACAAAGGACCUGAUUUCACAGGUCUUUAAAAAGUCAGAGUUGAUCAGCGCUACAGAUUCCCUAGAUGACAUCUACCAGUCGCUGUUCAACAAAAUCAGGGAUGAGGUCGACAUCAAAGAUUUAAAUAUCAACUUAAACAAGUUGAAGAAAGUGGACAAGGCCAUUCUCAAGGACCUACGUAAAACACUGCACUGCUCCAAGGAAAUUGUGGGGGUGCUUAUGUCCUUAAAGGAUCCAUAUAUUGAAAACUUGAUUGUGUCUUCUUUUAAGAAGCAGUUGAAGAAACACUCCGAGGAACCUGGCACCAUCACAGAGUUUUUCACAGCGUUAGGAAGAACUUUAACCUACCCUACAUACGGCCCCACAAUACUGGUGUUUUAAAGUUUAACAUCUUCAUCUUCACCGAUGAAUCCAACUCAGAGCUCAAGCAGGAGGUUACCCACUUCCCCUCCCCUUCCCCUCCACUGAUUGCUGCGAGUCAGAGAGCAGUGGAGGAGGGGGCUACUUACAUCUGGGGACACCUUCUCCUCCGCUAGUUGCUGCGAGUCAGAGAACAGCGGAGGAGGGGGUCACCUGAAUGUGGGGACACCUCCUGUUCCUGACCUGUUUGUGGGUUUACCUUUUCCUCUGCUGGAAUCUGCUAGAUGAGACCAGUGGAGCAGGAGGACGCCUACAAAUAUGUCAGGAUUUGAGCGUGUAUCAUCAUCGUGUUGGACACCAGGACCACCUGACAUCUGGAGGGCCAGGGAUUGAUUCACCAACUUUGGCACCUGUGAUGCUGCUUACUUCUCUUCACUUGCUUUUGAAAUAAAAAAAAAACUAACAAAAAAAAAAAAAAAACUGUUUGCAUUUCUCUUUAUAUUAACAAAUUAAAAUGUAACAGUAUAACAUAUAAAAUAAAAUAAAAUGUUGUCCCACGCGAUAACUGGAUAGUUUUUAAUUUAAUGAAAAUAUCAAAUAAUAUUAAUAUAAUAUUUUAUGGACAUAUUUUUUUUGUAAUUUUGUAACUUAGAAAAUACUGUGACUCUGAAGGAGAAACAUGUUUGUAAACGUGUCUGUGUGUGUGUGUGUGUGUGUGUGCCAUAUUUUAAGUUUAAACACGACUUUAAAACUGUAUUUUGGCUAAACUCAUUUUCAUUUUUAUUUCAGACAAAAUUAAAUCAAGUUUAAUGCUUAG